AUGAACACAUCUGACGGCGAAAUCUUGGAGCAAAUAUGCCAAACCGCCUUCAUGAAGGACUUCCAAGUCCCGCACUUCGAUGUCGUUGAUCGACACUACGACUACAAGAAACUAGAAUGGAUCUGUCGAGACACCUUCAACGAGGAUUUCGAAAUCCCAUCCUUCGACUUGGAAACCCCUCGAUCAACCCCUGAGCCGACCAUGAAGGCGUCCCGAGCUGGUGCAGACGUCGAUACGACCAAACCAAAUCCUGAGGAGGCCCAAUACACCACACCCCUCUUCACCCUCCCUCCCGAACUCCGCCUCCAAAUCUACACCUACAUACUCUCGCCCCUCCGCGUGAGCCCCACCAUAACGACAUGCCGCUUCCCCCUGAUCCAGACAUGCCGACUCAUCCGGUACGAAGCCAAGACGGUCUACUUUGCCCGGCUGGAUGAGAUUGAUCGGGAGGCGAGGAAGCGGUAUCAGGAGAGAGUUGUGAGGUUUGAGCGUGGGGUUGAUGGGGAGGAGAUUAGGGCUGGUGACCGUAUGAUUCAGUCGUGGGUGCUGAUGAGGGAUGUGGUGAGGUUGACGGGGGAGAUGAGGGGGGCUAGUUUCGGGCAGGGUGGGGAGGAGAAGGAAAGUGACGAGAGGGGAGGGGAGGGUCGAAGUGUUCUGAGGGAUGUUGUGCGGGAAUGGGUGGUUAUUGUCGUUGUUGACUGGGUGCUUUGGGAAGUUUUGGGGAUUUGUUGA